CUGGGAAGGGGGGAGGGGGCGGUAGGUGGACAAGGGGUGGGAAGAACGAUCCCCUUUGGAAUGGGUUUUUCAAGUAGGGGAAGACAGAAACAGAGGACUGGUUUUCUCCCCCACCGCCCCCCCCCACAACCCCCAAAAAAGAAGAAGGCUUAGAAAGUUAAGCAUUUUUGCAUAGUUUUUUUUUGUUUUUUUUUUGGGGGGGGGGUUCUUUUCUUUUUUUUCUUUUUCUUUCUUUCUUUCUUUUAUUUUUUUAGGGUAUAUACAUAAAUGGUGUUUUUUUGAAUAUCACUAGCCAAAUGGCCUUAGGGAUCUAUGAAGGCUUUUGUCUUUGAGUCUGGGCCGGAAAGGUGAUCUGCUGGAUAGAUCAAGUCCUUUAGGGCUGGUCAACCUCGCUUGCGGAGGCCAUAGAAUGUACUUGUUCCAGACUCCCGACUUUGCGGCACUAGAGACAGAGCGCAUUUAGAAGGGGUUGUGCGCGUGUGUCACCCGCACCUAUAUAGGGUGAUACGUCACGACGGAUCAAACAGCUACCGUUUGAUGCAGCUCGGGUGUCUGGAGUCCGUAGCCAAUUCCACUGUCGCCUAUUCCUCCUCCUCUCCUCUAACUUACUCCACCACUGGCACUGAGUUUGCUUCCCCGUACUUCUCCACUAACCACCAGUACACCCCGCUCCAUCACCAGUCCUUUCACUACGAGUUCCAGCACAGUCACCCGGCUGUGAACCCCGACGCCUACUCCCUGAAUUCGCUCCACCACUCGCAACAGUACUAUCAGCAGAUCCACCACGGGGAGCCCACCGAUUUUAUUAAUCUGCACAAUGCUCGGGCGCUCAAGUCCUCUUGCUUGGACGAGCAGAGGAGAGAGCUGGGCUGCCUCGAUGCUUAUCGCCGCCACGACCUGUCUCUUAUGAGCCAUGGAUCCCAGUAUGGGAUGCAUCCAGAUCAAAGACUCCUGCCAGGACCCAGCCUGGGGCUGGCCGCCUCGGGAGCAGACGAUUUGCAGGGAUCAGUGGAUGCCCAGUGCGGGCUUGUUCUCAAUGGCCAAGGUGGGGUGAUAAGAAGAGGUGGCACUUGUGUGGUUAACCCCACAGAUUUAUUUUGCUCUGUCCCUGGUCGAUUGUCACUACUGAGUUCCACUUCCAAAUACAAAGUGACCAUAGCAGAGGUCAAGAGACGCCUCUCACCUCCUGAAUGCCUCAAUGCUUCCCUCCUGGGUGGCAUUUUGAGAAGAGCAAAAUCCAAGAACGGGGGACGGUGCUUGAGAGAAAAAUUGGAUAGGCUGGGCUUGAAUUUGCCAGCAGGGAGAAGGAAAGCGGCCAAUGUCACCCUCCUAACUUCCUUAGUAGAAGGAGAAGCUUUACAUUUGGCUCGGGAUUUUGGCUACACUUGUGAAACAGAGUUUCCUGCCAAGGCAGUAGGAGAACAUCUUGCCAGACAGCAUAUGGAACAGAAAGAACAGACAGCUAGGAAAAAGAUGAUUCUAGCUACAAAACAAAUUUGUAAAGAAUUCCAGGAUCUUUUGAGCCAAGAUAGAUCACCGCUUGGAUCAUCCAGACCUACUCCAAUUUUAGACCUCGAUAUUCAGAGACAUUUAACACACUUCAGCUUGAUCACUCAUGGCUUUGGGACUCCAGCAAUAUGUGCAGCCCUAAGCACUUUCCAAACUGUCCUUAGUGAAAUGCUGAACUACCUGGAAAAACACACGGCACACAAAAAUGGUGGAGCAGCGGAUUCUGGCCAAGGACAUGCCAACUCGGAGAAAGCCCCCCUGCGGAAAACUUCAGAGGCUGCCGUGAAAGAGGGCAAAACAGAAAAGACAGACUAGCUACAUCAAACAGAAUCUAUUUCCAGAGUCUUGCUGCUGAUAUUUUUUUCUAAUAUAUAUAUCAUUGAGGGUGACUAAUCUUCAGUGGACCAAAUCUCUUCCCUCUCUUACCCCUCUAAAAAAAAAAAAAAAAAAAAAAAAAAAAAAAAAGGAAAUGAAACAAAACAAAACAAACAAAAAAAAAAAGGACAAAACAAAACAAAACAAAAAAAAAACAACAAAAAAAGGAAAACAGCAGUGUAAUCGUGUGAUGAAAUUGUCACCUUUUUUUUAUUUUUAUUUUAUGUUGCAAUAAACUCCUUUUGUGCACGUAUUUUAUUGUUCCAAAUUAUCCUCAUCACAGUUGCAAGCACUUCUGGACUUUGGAGAGGCAACAUGUGCUUUUUCACAAGCUAACUGAUGCACUUUUUCAACCAAAUGCGUAGUUAGGGAUCAGGAAGCAUGUACAAAAUGGGAACCACCACCAGCUUUUAUGGCUCCAACAAUUCUCUUGACUUUAAUCUUGUAACAAAAGAGUGCCUCAUUCCACUAAACAAACCAAGCCAGCAAUCAAUCCAUCAAUAAAUGUUUUGGAAACCUGAAAAAGGAAAA